AUGGCGCACGUCGUUGCAGACAACCCCUACCUUCCCGUGGGCAGCUUCAUUGCAAACUAUGCUGCCAACGAGAACAGCGUGCCUUACCUGCUGACCCUCUUCUUUGGAGCAUGCGGCAUACUCUUCACAGCGACCUAUGUCGUCGCCAAAUCGACCCAGCCUCACAUGAACGGACUGGACCUCGCCACGACCAUGUGGUUUGUCCUUUCUGGCGCCAUUCACCUCUGCUUUGAAGGUUACUAUUCGCUCAACUUCUACACCAUGGGCUCCAAGCAGACCAUCCUUGGACAGCUUUGGAAGGAGUACGCACACGGCGACUCGCGGUACCUCACCAAUGAUGCUUUCGUGCUGUGCAUGGAGAGCGUCACUGCUUGGCUAUGGGGACCAGGCUGCUUGAUCGUCGCCUACAUGAUCAUUCGCAAGCAUCCCAUGCGAUUCCCGCUGCAACUCAUUGUGUCCCUCGGACAAUUCUACGGCGACGUCCUCUACUACGCCACCAGCGCGUUCGACCACAUCAUUCUGGGCAAGACAUACUCGCGCCCAGAGUUCCUCUACUUCUGGUUUUACUUCGUCUUCAUGAACUUCAUCUGGAUCGUGAUUCCCGGACUGUUGAUGUAUCAGAGCUGCAAGAGGACAUCGGCUGCAUUCACCGCAGCCUCGAAGCUUGACUCUUCGAAGAAAGUCCGGUAG